CAUCGGCCUACCUCGACACGCAGCCAUCAGUUUUCAGUCUGGAUGUCGAAUAUUGGCGCGAUGUCAAGCAUUCCAAUAGCUCACAAUGCUGAGACAGACGGCGUGGGUAGCUACACUGCGGGUCUAUCGCAAAGUCAAGAUACUAACGAUUCGGUUAUGCUGCAUCAACUAUGUAAUCGCUGUAAAAGCUUCAUCGAUGGCUGGGAAUUGUUGAAAUGGGCCGAAGAGGGUAAGGAAGUAUGCAACGCCCAGAUUGCCCGGCUUGAACGCAAGUUCUACAGAACCGGAUACGAGGUUCGCUUUGCUACAGUUGAGCAACUGUUGCAGUCGACAGAACAUUGUCAUUUGUGCACAAUGGUGCUUUCCAAGGCAGAUCAUGAGACCAAAUAUCCAAGAAUCUCAUUUAGGCUUGGUGAUUUUCAAGAGGAUGAUGAUAGAUCUGGGGGCUUCUUACCUCUGUUUGUGCAGGACUACGAUUCCUUGCUAACGGCGCACCUCUAUUUGAGAUUCUACAAUGUAUCGAGUAACGACGCAGUAGACGCUGCGCAGCAAGGGCGAAGCGUACCCGCUCAGCCAACAGCCAACCUAGACCAGAUCAAGACCUGGCUCGCUGCCUGUCUUCAGAAGCACAGGACCUGUUCGACAUGGUCGUCGAACUUGACGACGUCAUUCCAGCGACCGACCCGACUCCCCGAACUCACUUCAGACGGCGUAAGAUUGCGAUACGAUACUAGUACCAUUGAAGGGCUUCAGUACCUUACACUUAGUCAUGUGUGGGGGGAUAAAACCCAUCGUCUCCGCCUGACACUAUCACGACUCGACGAAUUUCAAGUCGCAGUGCCUUGGUCAGAGUUACCAAACAUGUUCAUUGAGGCCUUAAGAAUUGUUCGACACACUGGCUUCCGUUACCUGUGGGUUGAUGUGUUAUGUAUCAUUCAGGACUCACGAUCAGACUGGGAAACUGAAGCUGCUGCGAUGACGUCGGUAUAUAGCAACGCAAUCUGCUGCAUAUCCUUCUUGUUUCCACCUAGGAAAGACUUCAUCCGGACAAGGAAGGAUCCAAGAACUAUGAGUUCUUGCUCUAUCCGCAAAGCAACGCAGACACAAAAAGGCAUCUGCAUCAUUCCUACUACGAAUCGACGCCUGCCAGUGUUCUACGGGCAUGAAACCAUCAUGUGGGAAUGUGUGGAAGAGUUUUGCGAUGAGCUAGCAGGUUCUUGGCUUCCAAAGUUCGAAAUAGGGGACUAUAACAGACGACGACGUAACGGACGAGAGAUGACACAGAAACGACAUAUCCCACUAAGAGAUGUUCCUCAGGAUAGCGCGCUUCCAAUACCGUUUGCAGACUACGAGCACCUUCUCAAUUAUUUCAAGAACUGGAAAGACCUGAUUUGGGAAUACAGUACAAGGAAUCUAACAGCAGAGUCUUUACCAGACGGCUUGCUAUGGUUCAUGGAUUGCACUGGCGAGAGAGUAUUGGAUGGCGAGGAUGUACCCCCAUCGCAAACGAUACGUGAGCCUGGAUCUGUCAUGGCGCCGUCUUGGUCGUGGUUCGCAAGUUCUCUUUACCUGGACCACGACAUUGACUUCUUUGAUGAAUACCACAGCUGGCCACAAAACGUCCCUGAAGGUUCGCGCAACAGACUCGUGUUCUUGGCGCAGCUAGUGCACUUCCAGUGGUGCGGCCUGCCUCUCAAUCAAGUGCCUUCAACGGCAUUUCACGACUUCUCUGGUCUACGUACAACACUUGAAGUAGCUACAUACGAGGAAGCACGUCUAACAUCCGAAGACGGGUGGAACAUGGACUGUCUAUCCCUGAAGGAAGGACUUGAAUCUUUGUAUCAUGUCCGUUUCGACGGGCAAGUAUACUGCGACAACUUCAAAUACUAUGAGCAACCGCCAGGGAAUGCCAUCCUGGCUCUUCUAGUCGAGACUCAGCGUACUCACCAUGAACAUCGCUAUUUUGGAGGUCUGGCGCUGAUACCCGGAGAAGAAGAAGGCACGUGGAAGCGCUUUGGUUACUGGGAUGCUAAAAUGUAUUCACUGGGGUAUGAAGAGGAACCCCCGGCAAAUAUGUAUAAUCCAAAAGGUCCAUCGGUCUUCUCAGGUCUCGAAGAAGUAAAGACGGAAAGGCUCACGCUGGUCUGAGCACCGCGUAGCGUCGUCGUCCAAAUCAGUAUGUCCAAAAGCCAUUGCAAAUACGCUUAUAUCUUUCACAAAUCAUGGAAAAAUUACAUCG